AUGGCAGGUUCCGAUUCCAAUAUUGUUAACGAUGUCUUCAAUACCACCCUCGGGUUUGAGAAAAUCUUUGUCGUCGGAUUGCGAGCCCGAACAGACCGUCGAGAUGGAAUGGUCUUAUCAGCGGCUCUCAGCAACAUGAAUAUUGAGUUUGUAGAUGGGGUACGUGGAGAAACCGUGUUGGAUAAAGCGAUUCCAUCUUUAGAGGGGCAUAGUCGCAUGGCAGACCCGGUAAUAGGAUGCUGGCGCGCACAUAUGAAUGCUAUCCAAGAGUUCAAUGGUCCGACUAAACAAUCAACGGCUCUGAUCUUGGAAGACGACGCGGAUUGGGACGUGCGAAUAAAAGAGCAGCUCCACGACCUUGCACUUUCAUCUCAUGCCCUUACACAACCCCUAUCGCACUCUCCCUCUUUGUAUGCGGACUCCACGUAUCCCACUCCCCCGGAUGCCUCCUCUGUACCCGCUUCCGACCUCUCCUUCGACAACCUCCCAUCUACUAUACCACCCAAACACUCCCCCUAUGGAGAUAACUGGGACUUUAUCUCGGUUGGUCACUGCGGCAUGCGAUUCCCAUCCUCAUCACUUCCCUCUGCCGAAAAGAUCCCCGAGGGACGCGUGAUCCGCAACUCCGACCCAACUGUCCCUGAAAGACAUUACCUGAAAACCGUUUCUCCUGUCGACGACCUCAAAAAUGAAUAUGCGAAUCAUACACGAGCAGUGCACCAUGUCCAAGAAGGUAUCUGCUCUCUCGGCUACGCUAUUACCCAAGCUGGUGCUCGAAAGCUCCUACAUGCUAUCGGGCUCUUGGAUGUCACAGCGCCAUAUGACAUCCUCCUGAGACAAUUCUGCGAGGGCUCUCAGGGAAGAAAAUAUCACAAUUGUUUGACGGUGCAACCAUCGCUGUUUAUCCACCAUCGACCAGCUGGGUCAAGGAGUGCUGAAAGCGAUAUCUCAGAUCAUGGUAAAGGCUACAGGGAGAUUGCACAUACGGAUGUACUAAGAUGGAGUACGCGGAUGAACUGGGAUAUUUUGUUAGAAGGGAGGAUGGACUUUGUAGAUCAAUGGCCUGAUGCUGCGUAG